AUGGAUGAAACUUUCCAAGUCUUCGAUCGUAUUCUCUCUUUCGCGGGAAUUUCGAUUUUCGCAAAACCCAACUGGAAUUCCAAAGGAUGGCUGAUAAUCCAGACUUUUAACUUCCUCCUAGGUUUUUUAACAUUUAUUUUUACCUCGGUUUUUGUGAUAUUGAAUCUAUCCAACUUGCUGGUAUGUAUUCAAGGAGCUUGCGUUUGGACAACCGGAGUUAUAAUGUUUAUCUCUCUUGGUAUUUGUUUGGUAUUUAAAAAGGAUUUUCAGGCUUUCGUUGAAGAAAUGGCAUUCUGUGAUCGAGCUUUAGACAUACCACUUGUAAGGUCAGUUAUAUCGUUACCUACUACGACUGGUAAGCUCCACGAGUUGAAGAACCUAGUACUUAGUUCUCAAAUAAGAGUUUUUAAAGUAACCAAAAUGUUAUUGAAGACAUACGUCGCAAGUGUUUGGUUAUGCGCUACAUUAUAUCUUUGUGGACCGAUUUACAUGAUGACUAUAAGGGAAGACGAAAAUUUACGACUCUUGGCGUUUGAUAUGUGGUUUCCAUGGAGCUUGGAUGAUUUUAAUGUGUAUAUUGGGUCAUUCAUAUUUCACGCAUAUGCUGGGUAUUUAUGUUGCAUAGCAUAUCCCGGUCUCCAGGCAAUGAUAAUUUUUCUCGUUUGUCAAGUGAUUCGACAACUGCAAAUAAUAACAUUCAUUUUGACUUAUCUAGAUGACUUGGUUCUAGAAGUGAUUGGUACUAGAAAUGAGAGGUGGCAAGUCGCUUGCACUUCAGUUUUAUCACAAUGUAUUCAGCAUUAUGUUAGAACGAAACGAUUCGCCAAUCGGCUUAAUGUUAUUUGCCAGCCAUUCUAUUUGGCUUUGAUACUGGUCGCUAUCAUGCUAGUCUGUGUAUGUUCGGUGAAGAUUGCAGUUUCUCCUAAACUAGCAUUGAACACGAUAAAGUACUACAUACAUGAAUUUUGUUUUAUUCUUGUUGUAUUGAUGUUUUGCGCGUUGGGACAGCAAGUUGAAAAUCAGUGUGAAAAACUAGAAUUAGCAGUGACAGAGAAAUGGUACAUAUUUAAUAGGAAACAUAAAAUCAACGUAUUAAUCUUCAAUAUGGCUCUCAGUCAAAGGAUGCCUAUUUUCGUAUUUGGAUCUAUAACGCUUUCUCUACCUACAUUCACAUGGUUUAUCAAAACGGGAAUGUCCUUUUUCACUUUAGUGAUGUCAGUGUUAGAACCAUAG